AUGUCCUCGGCGCUCGCGGCGUCGCGGCUCGUCCCGCCGUUCGCGCGCCGGCUCCUCGUCCUCCCCAACGCGCGUCCUCCCCGCGUCGUCGCCGCGUCCUCCGCGUCGUCGUCCUCGUCGCGCGCGGGCGUCGUCGCGAUGAUUUCGGCGUCGUCGAGAGCGACCUCGGCGGACGCGUCGCCGACCGAAACGGAAACGCGCUCGGGGAGCUGCUUCUGCGGCGCGAUCGUCGUCGCGCUGACCGGGACCCCCGCCGCGGUGUCGAUAUGCCACUGCGUGAACUGCCGGAAGCUCUCCGGCGCGCCGUUCACCGCGCAGGCGCUCGCGAAGGCGACGGCGGUGGAGGUGCGGUCGGCGCGCGACGCGGAGAUGGAUCAGAUGGUUUUCUCGCCCGGCGGCGACGCGGACGCGUACCUCACCGCGUUCAGCUCGUCCGCCGCGGUGGACCGGUACCGGUGCAAGGAGUGCGGCUCGCCCGUGUACGCGAGCUUAGCGAAGGGGAAGAUGGCGGCGGUGCCGUUGUCGAUGUUGGACGGCGGCGGCGGCGACGGCGGCGGCGGCGGCGGCGACGGCGGCGGCGGCGGCGGCGAGGCGGCGGCGGCGGCGAAAUCGAACGCCGAAUCGCUGAGGCCCACGCAUCACAUGUACUACGCGGACAGGAUCGUGGACGUCCCGGACGACCUUCCGAAGUACGUCAAGAGCGCGGCGAGAGACGCGAAGAUGUGGACGGGGGUGGAAGACGACUCGCGAUGA